AUGAAUACAAACAACGAUCCUAGCGAACUUAAAAGGAAGAUUGAAGAAUUGAAACAAAACAAUGAAACAUUAGGCCUAGUAGUACAAAGAACAAGAAAAUCAGUGAAAAGACUUAGAUUAGAAUAUGGGAUCCUCUUGGAAAGAUUAGAAUCCAGAAUUGACAUUGAUCCAGAAUUAAGUUCUGAAAUUCCCCUACCAAAUUUAGAAUCUUUCAAAACUGACUUAUUAAAUAAACCAUUGAAAAAAGGGAAAAGUAAAAGAAUUAAGAAUAAAUUAAGAGAUCCAAAUCUACCCAAAAGACCAACGAAUGCAUAUCUUAUCUUUUGUGAAAUGAAUAAGGAAAAUUUAAGAUCAAAUGGAUCAUUGGACGUCACCAGGGAUUUAUCUGAAUUAUGGAAGAGUCUGGAUGAAACAGGGAGAAGCCCUUAUUUCGAUCUUUAUAAUCAAGAUAGAGAAAGAUAUAGAUCUGAAAUGGAAACUUAUAAUAAAAAUUUGGAAAAUUCAAAUAAUAUCGUCCCAGCUUUAACUUCAGCUACAACGUCAGCUACAAAUACAACUGCUAAAACAACACCGAUGAAAGUGACAAAAUUACUACCAAUAUCCGAUGAUUUAAAGACACAAGAACUUACAACUUCCACCAAUGGUAUCAAUAAUGUUAAUGGUAGCAAACCAAAAUUAAAUCACGUAACAAAAGAUGGCCCUAUUGGUGACAAAAUAGACCACGAAGAUACAAACGAUAUCGAGGAAGAAGAAGAGGAAGAAGAAGAAGAAGAAGAGGAAGUAGAAGAAGAGGAAGAUGACGAUGAAGAAAAUGAAGAAAAUGAAGAAAACGAAGAAGACGAGGAAGAUGAUGACGAUGAUGAUGAUGAUGAUGAUGAUGAAGAAGAAAACGAUCAUGAUGAUAAUAGUGAAGAAGAAGAUGGAUUUAACAAAGUGGGUAGCAGUCGCGGCGAACAAGAAGACGAGGAACUUGAAGAUGAAGAAGACGAUGAAAAAGCAGAAGAUAUUAUAGAUCAAGAUGAAAAUGUUGAAGAAGAAGAAGACGAUGAACACCCAGGAGAAGGAGAUGAACAAGCAGAGGAGGAAGCGGAAGCAGAAGAGGAAGAAGAGGAAGUUGAUGAUGACGAUGAUGACGACAACGAUGACGAUGUGAUGCAAAUCCAUACAAUAGCUAAACAAGAUGACCCAGAUGCAUCAGAAACUGAUACUACCGAAGAACAUUUAACAACUUCUGGGCUUCCUAGUGGAGCUUAA